CUCUGUCUCAUUCAAGCCGUUAUCCCUCUGCAGAUCUGCCAAAGACCAACUCAGAGUAUAGUAGGGAGGAGAGAGAUUGCUAGUAUUAGACGAACCAGGAAUACUGCUCUGGGAAAAGUUACAUUUCUUUUUCUUUCUUACUUUUUUUCCUUUUUUUUCCUGUUUUAUUUAUUUUUGUGAGCAAAACUGAAUAUUUCAAUUUUAUUUUUAAAGUCACCUUAGGAAAUCGGUAUGAAGACAACAUUAUCUUGGAGGUUGCUUUGUGUUUUUGACUUAAUUUCCAGAGUGAAUUUGAUUUGAUGCACAAAGACAAGCUUUAGAUUUGCAGUUCGACUAUGGGAGGAACAAAGAAAUAUACCUUUGCAUUGUCCCUCUAUUUUAUUGGACUACCAAUUGGAUCCCUAUGCUUGUCUGACAUCCCAGCAUCUUCAAGUAUAAAAAAGAAUCUCCUUAAUUAUUACCACUCAGUUAUUUUGCCAGAAGGGAAAGAAACGACAAUCUACUUAUUAAAAGAUGUUACAAAAAGAUAUUACUUUCCUUUGGAAGAAAACACUACACAUCACUUCUCAAUAACAGUGACGCCCUGCGAUGUACCUAUCGAAUGGAGUAUUUUACAGUACAAAAUGUCACAUGUUUUUCAUGGAACCAAGUCAGAUCAUUUUAGACCUUUGCGUGAUCUAAAAUCAAGACAAUUUUACAAGACAGUAUCUGCACUUUUCCAUUACAAAGGAAACUCUGUAGAAAACUAUGUGGGAGUAUCAUCCUAUUCUUCAUCCCUUUUCUUGUUGGAAUUUUUAUCUACUGAGAGAGAUACUCACAUCUCAGUAUACUUAACAACUGACCUAGCUUAUGGAACCCUAUUUCCUGAACUUCCUGGAGAUCCACGCAUUGAUGUCACCACAUUAAACCAUAAUUCCGUUAGCCUUGUCUGGAAGCCAAGCCCAACUGGCUUCAAAACAAAGGAAUACAUUGAAUACUGCAUUCUUGUAAAUGAAAAACACAAUUAUAAAAGCUUGUGUGCUGCUGAUGCUGCCGUAAGAUCAGUUAGUGGGCGAAGGACAAUGUCCUCCAAUCUUCCUGUCUCACAACACAUAGAUGACCAUCAAGGUGUCAUGCAUUUAUCAAACAGGGAAUUAAGCAUUAUUCACAAAACCAAUAAUAUUGAGGUUAGACAAAUAUGUAUUGGUAAUAAAAAUACAUAUACAGUGUCUAAUUUGACCUCUAAUACUCAGUAUUACUUUGAUGUAUUUGUAGUCAAUCUCCUCACUAAUGGCAGUGCUGCCUAUACAGGGACAUUUGCAAAGACUUUAACGGAGCCCAAACCCAAAUACUCGCAACUAAAAGAUGGAAAAAUUGUCCAAAUUAACCUUAAUGGAAAAACUCAAAAAAGCAAUACAUUUCAGUAUCAAGCAAUGCAUAAAAAAGUUCAGUUUACAUUCCAGUCAUGUAAAGGUCAAGUAAGAGCCCAGAUAUUGAAAAAUGGAAAAACAUUAUUUUCUGAAUCAAUACAAAGCUUAAGACAUAUAACACUUACUGGUAAAAUAUUAGACAAAUAUGUUGUAAUAACAUCAACAGAGCAAAACACACAUUCUUCUGUGAUGGUUCAAGCAUCUUCACAAAUCCACAAACCUCUUUUUCCAUUCUUCCCAGAUAGCUUAAAAUUAAGGUCUUUUAACAAGCUCAGAACCUGCAACUCCAUCACAAUAGCUUGGCUUGGUACCCAGGAGAGAAGUUUAUAUUGUGUGUAUAAGAAAAAAGUUCAAGAAGACCAAGUUUGGAAAGAUAUGUCCAAUCAUGACAGAUGCUUAGGACCUGAUUCCCGACCAAAAUCAGAGAAAGUUUCAUGUAAAUAUUUCCAUAACAUCAACCUUCAGAAAGCAGUCACCACUGAGACAAUAACUGGACUAGAAAAGGGGUCUUUAUAUCUUAUAGAUGUAUAUCUUGUGGGAUCCCCUGGCAUAAUGGUGAGGUACCAUACCAAGGUGGUAAAAACAAGGAAACAUUGCUAAGGCUUAAGCUUUUUAAAAAAUGUACAAAUAGUAAAAAAUGGGUAAAUGUGUUAUUAUUUAAUAUUAAAUAAUAAAAGCACCACAAUUGUAAAAAGUACAAAAAACCCUUUUUUUCAUUGUCCCCCUUAAAAAUAACAAGAACAUUGUGAUUUUUGGUGCAGAUUUUCAAAUGUAUUGCUUAACAUUAACACCAUUUAUUUUAAAUAAUCUUGUUUAUUAAAGGACAAGGCUAAAGUCUAAAAUAGAAUAAGGCUAAAAAUGCUGU